AAACAAAAUGCAAUUAUUAUGAUCCCUCUUAUUUUUUUUAAAUUAUUAACAUUUUGCAGAUUCUACAGGGCUUAUGACCACAUCUGUACCGUUCAGUUCAGUAUAACCACAAGCAUAACUUCCUUUACAGUCUAAAAAGGAAGUUACAAUGGCGGCGGCAAAGCAACUCGUCUUCUUUCUCUACAUUUUGAUGUUGGUCUCAAUCGCAGUGUGUGUUGAUGUUUUUAAGCUGGUUAGCAGUUCUGUUCAACUGGACUUACAAAAAAACUUUGAUAAGUCCUUAGAGCUCAUCUGGAAGUUUAACGGAAGUAAAAAUAUUGUGAAAUAUGAUGGAAAGUCUCCAAGUAGAAGGUUCGGAAGUUAUAAAGACAGGGUGGAGUUCAAUGAGGAAACCCAAAAUCUGACCCUGAAGAAUUUACAGAAGAAUGACAGUGGACCCUAUAAAGCAGAUGCGAUUGAUGAAAAUGACAUAACUGUUGCUACGUACCAAUUAUAUGUGUUAGAUCCAGUGAAGAAACCAGUCCUUAAUGUCUCUCCUCAGCAAAGCAAUGAUUCCUGUAAUGUGACUCUCACCUGUGGAGCUCAGAAACUCUCAAUCACCUCUCACUGCUACAAUGCUAAUUGUGAUAUGAAGGAAGAGAAAACAGCUGGAGAUGUGUUCCUUUUCCUGUAUGUCAGUAACAGCUUCAUUAUUUGUAAUCAUAGCAACCCAGCCAGCUGGAAAAAUACAACUAUGGAGAUGGAAGAAGUGAAACAAUUCUGCCCUUCUAAAGAAAAUAAUCAGCAUUCUGGGCCUGUCAAACUCAAUGUCCCAGCACUGAUCAUCGGCAUCAUUACCAUCUGCAUUUUCAUCGGCUUAAUCUUUGGCAUUUGGAGGUACAAGAAAAGUAGGACAAUGGAUUUCGGCAACACGGUCUAUGAAGAAGUUAAGGGGGAAAAUAAAUCACCCUCAGUCGAGAUGUCAGAGAACCCUGAACCUCCCGGUACUGUUUACUGUACUGUCGGAAAACCAGCCCAGGAUUAUAGUAAUGAUGAGAGCACUGUAAGCACUGCAAAUCCUGGCACCAAGGAAAUGGACCCCAGUGACAGCAACCUCUAUGAUACUCCAGAUAAAAAUCAAGGAGCAGGCGGUAACUAUGUGGCAGUGGAAGUCACACAUCCUCAAACCAUUUAUGCUACAGUGAACAAGCCUGGUAAACGUGUGUAAGAAGCUGGAUGGAAUCAUAUUUUGUGAUAAAUGAAAACAAAAAUGUGUUAUUACUUUAUUGGCAUUUUAUGUACUGUUUUACUAUGAUCAAAUUCAGAUUUGCUCCAUUAGGUUUGGUUGGCAUGAACAUGUCUUGUGGCUUUGUGAUUGAGCUUGAAAGCAGAGGAGUUUAACAAGGAGAAAAGAAACUUUGCUGGAAUUUCAGAAUGAAAACAAAAAUGCCAGAAUGCCACAUGCCAUUUUUUAAAUUUAUUUUAAAACAAGCAAUCAUUUUAAUUAAUUUCUUUUUAGUUUUUUAUUUCUGUACAAGAAUCAGUGUGUGUGUGUGUGUGUAUGUGUGUGUGUGUGUGUGUUUAUAAAUGUUUCGAGCCAUUUUCUGAUCAAAUAAAUUUUUUUUGUUUUUUUUAAAGAAGCAUUUAUUUUUAGAAACCUACUGAUUCAACACAGAUUCCUUUAGAAAAGAAGCAUGUACAGUAUGCUGACAUGCUGAUACAGGAAACUGUUGUGAUGGAAAAUGAACAGAAUGAAACAGGAAAAUGAUGUGAUGAAGUCAGUUAAUAUUAUGAUUAUUAUAACAUAUGGAAAUUUCUGUGAUGAUAAAUAGCUUCAUCUGAGCACUAUUACUAAAUAAAUGUGUUUUGUAUAAUUACUCAUAUUUUCUAAAAAAUAGCAACCAUCUUACAAAUUCUGUGUAAACGUAUGUAAACUGUAGUAAAGUUUGCAUGUGUUUUUACUUUCAGAGAGAGUACCUAAAAUGAUUUAUGCUGUUUUAAACACAAACACAAAUUAUAAUUAGAUUUACAUUUUAAUUGUCUGUAUUAUUACUUACUGCUUAGCAUAGUAAUACUUUUUUAUUCAUUUUUGUUCAUCUUUGCUUUAUAGAAUUCUAUUACUGUGCAUAAAUCACUCAUAACAAAUAUAAAUGAAUUCAUUCAAGAUUGUCUUGGACACUGAAAUUAUAGUAACAUAACAUGUAUAAGAUAAAACUUAUACAGUAUAGUAUACACAAAAAAAAAAAUAAGUUGAAUUAAAAACACAAAAUAGAUCUAGAUCUAUAGAUCUAUUCUUUCACACGUUUGUGUAACUCACACAUACAUGCAGUCACACUGAGAGACAAGUAGCAGUACCGUACACAGUGUUAUUGCGUGUAUUGCUAUUUUGUUGCAAACUGGACAUUAAUAUGGUUAUAAAUUGUCCAUGCUGUUGAAUAAAGUCACUGCAUAUAAAUGGCAUAAGGGAUAUAAGUGUCUGAGCAUGUUAAAUGUAAAGCUGCUGGAAAUGUCUGUGGCAUAAAGCCAUAGUGCCAUUAAAGCCUCAUUAUGGA